AUGGCCAACAUUACCAGUCCAAGGUAUGACGAACCGUCAGGAGGUGGAGUGUCAGGAGGUGGACCGUCACAAGAUGAGCCGUCACAAGAUGAGCCCUCCACAGAUGAGCCCUCCAAAGGUGAGCCCUCCGAAGAUGAACCCUGUGAAGACGAACCCAGUGAAGACGAACCCUGCGACCUCGAACCCUCCGAAGACGAGCCCACAGAAGUCGAACCACCAGAGGAAACAGUACCAGAUGAGAUACCCGUGGAAGACGUCUCAGACCCCACCAAGAUAGAAAUCACCACAUCAUCCAUCUCUGCUUGA